UUUGCCCCUGACACCAUGACCACGGACCUGAACUUAACCUCCCUGCUCAAUGUCACGGAUCUCCACAACCACACGAGAGGAUGUUCCCUCACCAAGACCGGCUUUCAGUUCUACUACCUGCCCACGGUUUACAUCAUGGUUUUCAUCACGGGGCUGGUGGGCAACAGCUUGGCCAUCUGGAUGUUCGUGUGCCACAUGAGACCCUGGAGCAGCAUCUCGGUCUACAUGUUCAACCUGGCUCUGGCUGACUUCUGCUACGUCCUCUCUCUGCCCUUCCUCAUCUUCUACUACUUCAACAAGACGGACUGGAUAUUCGGAGACGUCCUGUGCCGCCUGCAGCGCUUCAUAUUCCACGUGAACCUUUACGGGAGUAUUCUGUUCCUGACCUGCAUCAGCGUCCACAGGUACACCGGCGUGGUGCACCCGCUCAAGUCUCUGGGUCGACUGAAAAAGAAAAACGCGGUGAUCACCAGCAUGCUGGUGUGGGUGGUGGUCAUGAUUGCCAUCUCCCCCAUCCUGUAUUACUCCAGGACGGGCUUGAAGCGUAAUGCAAUCACUUGUUACGACACCACCAGCGAGGAUGAGCUACCAGGUUAUUUCAUCUACAGCAUGACUUUGACUGUGUUCGGGUUCUGCAUCCCUUUCAUUAUCAUAUUUUGUUGCUAUGGCAUGAUCGUCAAAGCGCUGAUCUGCAACGACAUGAACAACGCGCCCCUGCGGCGGAAAUCCAUCCACCUGGUCAUCAUCGUGCUCACGGUCUUCGCCGUCUCCUACAUGCCUUUCCACGUGAUGAAGAACCUCAACAUGAGGGCCAGGCUGUACUUCCAGGGCCCCGACAUGUGCGACUUUAAUAACCGCGUCUACGCCACCUACCAGGUGACGCGGGGGCUGGCCAGCUUGAACAGCUGCGUGGAUCCUAUUCUUUACUUCCUUGCCGGAGACAACUUCAGGAGGAAGCUGUCGCGGGCCACGAAGAAGACCUCGAGGAAGGGGGAGACUGUGAUUCAGUCUAAGAGCGAGGAGACGGCACUCAACAGCCUGGCCGAGUAUGUGGAGAACGGGGAUCGGAGGCUGUGA